AUGUUCAUAACCGUCUUCGAAGAAACAAUCCCAGCCUCAAGAAACGUAAUAGCGGGAGCAUACUACACAAAACUGCGCCCUCCCCUCCAAGACCACUCCGGCUUCAUCUCAGAAAACGGGUACACAUCCCCUUCCAACGAAAAGCAACAUCUCGUCCUAGCGAAAUUCACAUCCCCAGAAGCCGCUCGAAACUGGAGAACCCACCCAGACCAUCUCCGAAUCCAACACAAAUCCCGCCAAGGAGUCUUCGAAGACUAUCGUGUGCGUUCCGGCGCCGUCGUAGAACCUUCGGAAUACUACACGGCCGAUGACCCCACAACCACCACAUCCAAACGCGGACGCUAUUUAAUCGUGUACGAAGAACAUAUUUCCGUCCGAGAGCAACCGGGUUUGAGGAGUCAUAUUGAGACUGCGUUGUUGGUCGCUGCCAGUGGGAUUUUUGAUGAGGCGUUUGAUAUUACUCCUUAUGCGAAUGAUCAGACGGUGGUUUGGUUGAUUAGUUUUGCGACCAAGAAGGCUGCGGUCAAGUGUCGCGCCAGUCAGGCUUAUGGGAAUGUGCAGAAGGGGGCGGAGGAGAUGACGCAUUUGGUGAGGGUUGAGAGGGAUUAUGGACGUUUUGAUCGCAAAGAGGCGCCGUGCGAUGCGGAUGUGUUGCAGAAGGAGAAUGCGGAGAGUCCGCCUGUGAUAUUGAGUCCUGGGAAGUAG